CGAUGGGAAAUAAAUAACGCGUUAGAGAUGGUAUUUAAGCACUGGCUAGCGUGAGCUAGCUCGUUAGCAGUUAAAUGUCAACGAACAUUGAUAUAACUUCACAAAUCCGACAUUACUCAUGGAUUAAAUGAAGAGGAGAACUUUCAGGAUCUGAUGAAAUUUCUCCACAGCUAGAAGUUCAGCUCUUGACAUAACCUGCUUCUUGUCUGGACACACAUGGCCUGGAGUACGUUUUUAGCCAUGGAGAGCUCGACGCACACCAACACCCCGUGUCCCGAUCCGCUCAAACCGGGCUGUGGCGCCACCCUGCAGGUUCAUCUAUACUACUGCAGCCAGAGCACGAGCAGCACGCUCAGUUACACCCCUGGAGAUUACAUCGCAGAGGAGCUGUGCAUCAAGGCUGCCAGAGAGUGCGGUGUCAGUCCCAUGUACCUGAGUCUGUUCGCCCUGAUGAGAGAGAGUGACCGCAUGUGGUAUCCGCCUAAUCACAUCUUCAAAGUGGACGAGUUCAGUAAUGAGAAGCUCCUGUUCAGAAUAAGGUUUUAUUUCCCCGGGUGGUACGGUAGAGGAUCGAGCCACGCCCAUCGCUACGGCAUCACCAAGAGCUGCGAGACUCCAGUGUUUGAUGAUGUCACCACGGCAUACCUGUUCGCCCAGUGGAGGAGUGAUUUUGUGGACGGCUCUGUGAGUAUCCCCGUUACCCAUGAUGCUCAGGAGGAAUGUCUCGGCCUGGCCGUGCUGGACAUGAUGAGAAUCGCUAAAGAGAAAGGGUGCACGCCCAUCGAAAUUUACCAUGACAGCAGCUAUAAGAAUUUCCUGCCCAAGUCCAUCCGCACUCAUAUCCAACAGUACCACAUUGUGACGAGGAAGCGGAUCCGUUAUCGGUUCCGGCGGUUUGUGGAGCGUCUCCACCGCUGCAGAGUUCCGGUCAGCGAGCUCAUGCUGAAGUAUGUGGCCAGUUUAGAGGUUCUGCAGCCGGGGUUCUACACCGAACGCUUCCUCGUCUCACAGCCCAUUGUUGGCAUGGUAACCAUUGUCGUCAGCGGCAACCAUGGCAUCCAGUGGACCAAGGGGAAGGAUGCUGGAGAUGGACAGGAGCUGCAGGUGUACUGUGAUUUCCCUGAUGUUAUUGAUAUCAGCAUUAAGCAGGCAAGCAAAGACGGUUCUGUCGAGAGUCGCAUCGUCACCAUCAACAGACAGGACGGCCAGACACUGGAGUUGGAGUUCUCCUCUCUGUCCGAGGCAUUGUCCUUUGUCUCCCUGAUCGAUGGUUACUACAGACUCACCACGGAUGCUCAUCAUUACCUGUGCAAAGAAGUGGCUCCCCCUAGACUGCUGGAGGCCAUUCAGUGUAACUGCCACGGCCCCGUCUCGAUGGAUUUUGCCAUUAAUCGUCUCCGCCGCUGUAACAACGCUAAAGGCAUGUACAUCCUGCGCUGCAGUCCUAAAGACUACGACAAGUACUUCCUGUCCUUCGUGGUUGGGUAUGAUGGUAUGUUUGAGUAUAAGCACUGUCAGAUCGUGCGCAGUGCAGCAGGGGAGUUUGUACUGAGUGGAGCCAAGUGUGUGUUUAGCAGUCUGAGUGAGCUUCUUCACCGCUACCAGAAGGAGGCGCUGCGCUCUGAGGGUCACAUCUUCCAGUUCACCAAGUCCUGCCCUCCUAGGAACAAAGAGAAGACAAACUUGUUAAUCAGCAGGAGUGAUCAGGUUUCAGAUGUUCCAUUCUCUCCUUCUCCCCUCAAACAUACUCAAAUGGUCUUCCACAAAAUCCACAGAGAGGACCUGCAAAUGAUGGAAAGUUUAGGACAGGGGACGUUCACGCAGGUGUUCCGUGGAGUCAGGAGGGAGCUGGGAGAUUAUGGGGAGGUGCAUGAGAUGGACGUGGUGAUGAAGGUGCUGGACAAAAGCCACCACAAUUACACUGAGUCCUUCUUCGAAGCAGCCAGUAUGAUGAGUCAGAUUUCCCAUAAGCACUUGCUGCUGAAUUACGGGAUCUGUGUGUGCACAGAGGAGCACAUCAUGGUGCAGGAGUUUGUGCGCUUUGGCUCGCUGGACAUAUACCUGAGGAGGAACCGUAACUCCAUCAACAUAACCUGGAAGCUGGAGGUGGCCAAGCAGCUGGCCUGGGCCAUGCAUUACCUGGAGGAUAAGGACCUGAUCCAUGGGAACGUGUGUGCUAAAAACGUUCUGCUUGCUAGAGAGGAAGACAGAAAAUCACACACUCCACCUUUCAUCAAACUGAGUGACCCAGGAAUCAGCAUCUCAGUUCAGCCCAGAGAGAUUCUGAUUGAGCACAUCCCCUGGGUUCCUCCAGAGUGUGUGGAGGAUCACAGGAACCUGAGCCUAGCCACAGACAAGUGGAGUUUCGGCACCACGCUGUGGGAGAUUUACACUGGAGGAGAGAAACCACUCAGCUCCUAUGACUCCUCCAAGAAGCUGUUGUUCUAUGAGGACAGACAUCAGCUCACUGCACCCAAAUGGACAGAACUGGCCACUCUGAUUAACAGCUGUAUGGAUUACGAACCGUUCCAACGUCCAUCAUUUAGAUCCGUCAUCCGAGAUCUGAACAGCCUCUUUACCCCUGAUUACGAGCUGUUGGUAGAGAAUGAUGUUCUCCCUGGUAGGAACCGUGGGUUUGGGUUCUCUGGAACAUUUGACAGCCAGGAGCCGACUCAGUUUGAGGCGCGACACCUGAUCUUCCUGCAGCAGCUUGGAAAAGGGAAUUUUGGCAGUGUGGAGAAGUGUCGUUAUGACCCGUUGCAGGAUAACACCGGUGAGGUCGUAGCGGUGAAGAAGCUGCAGCACAGCACCGCCGAACACCUCCGUGACUUCGAGAGAGAAAUUGAGAUCCUCAAAUCACUACAGCAUGAGAACAUCGUCAAAUACAAAGGAGUGUGUUACACUGCAGGUCGUAAAAACCUGCGCUUGGUGAUGGAGUACCUUCCCUUCGGCAGUCUGAGGGAAUACCUCGCUAAAAACAAAGAGCGCUUUGAUCACAAGAAACUGCUACAUUACGCUUCACAGAUCUGCAAAGGGAUGGACUAUCUUGGUUCUAAGCGUUACAUCCACAGAGACUUGGCCACGCGGAACAUUCUGGUGGAAAGUGAAAUGCGUGUGAAGAUCGGAGACUUCGGACUGACCAAAGUUCUCCCUCAGGAUAAAGACUAUUACACAGUGAGGGAACCUGGAGAGAGCCCCAUCUUCUGGUAUGCUCCUGAGUCUCUGAUAGAGAGUAAGUUCUCAGUGGCGUCAGAUGUUUGGAGUUUUGGAGUCGUUCUGUAUGAACUGUUCACCUACAGUGACAAGAACUGCAGCCCUCCUGCUGUGUUUAUGGAGAGGAUGGGUGUUGAUAAACAGGGACAGAUGAUUGUUUAUCACCUGAUCAGUCUGCUUAAAGACAGCUACAGACUUCCUGCUCCUCAGGGCUGCCCUGUUGAGGUUCACUGUGUGAUGAAGGAAUGCUGGGCAGCUGAUCCACGUCAGAGGCCGCCGUUUAGGUCACUCGGUCGUACCGUUGACUCCAUCAGAGAGAGUAAAGAGGAAUGAACCUGCCUCAUCAUCCACCAGAGAGUGCCACUGAUAACAUCUCUCAGAGAGAGAGAGAGAGAGAGAGAGCGAGAGGGAGGAAGGAAGGAAUGCUGAGUGCACUUGAGUGUUAUUAGCAUAAAGCCUUUACUCCAUUGCACCUGUUUCAUCUCACAUAUAUUUGCAUUGUGUCUGUUACCUUCAGCAGUCGCUAUGGCAGCACACAGGUGGGGUUUUGGUGUAAAACAUUACAGAUGUUAAACAUUACAAGUGUUAAAGUGUGUAUACUUUAUACUCAGGGUGUGUGUUAGAGGUUUCAUUCAUCACAAACUAUUUCAUCAGUGUUCAUCUGCUGGAGUUUUAAUGGCAGCUUCGAAGAAUUUUCUUAUACUUUUUAAAAAUCUGAGCUUCACACUACACCAUUUUAAUUACACUCUAUAACAAGAAAGCAGAGUGUGUGUGUCGGUCUGAGAAGUGUCCAGAAGAUUUCAUCUCAUGUCACAUGAGACACACAUGAACUCGUUCUCUUUGAUGUGAAUCCUGGUUCUUUUCAGUGAGUCAAAUGAUUUGACUCAGUUCACCAAAAAGAAUCAACUCUUUCUAUGUUUUGUCUUUUGAUCAUUCUUCUCAUAUCUGAAUAUUUCCUCUAUACUAACCAACAUCUGAAGGAGUCGACUCGUUCAUGAGGGACACAUCAGCACUCGAUUCUGAAUCAAGAUUCUGCAGAGGUUCUGUAUGGAAAAAAAUGCAAAUAAUGAAUUGAAUUUGUAAAACAAUUUAUAACAUGGUGGUGAAAUUCUCAGAUUAUGUUUUAUACUAACACACACACUCAUAAAGUACAGCGAGACAAACAGGACUAAACUGCAUUUUCCUUCUGGGACUGAAACCUUCUGAUAAAGCAGUGGGUGUGUAGUUUUUUUACACGGCUGUGUGAAUAUAAAUGCUAUGCGUUGUGUUUUAUUGAUAUAUUUUUAUACGUUCAGAAAUCGCUUUCUCUUUUAUAUUUUGUAUUACAUGGUGUUAUUUUGUGUAACCUUCAGUCCUGUCGAAAUAAACCCAAAUAAUAAAUGUG